AUGACAAUCAUUCAGGUAGCAGAGCCUCUACAGUUCACGCAAAGCAUUCCCAGUCCUCUCGAAAGCGCAACUCUGACCGCGAGCCCGGAUGGCGCGACAGGAGUCCCCGACCGCAAGACUCGCUCCCCGUCAAAGCCAUCACCGAUCUUCAGCUCACAGAGGGACUUCAAGAUCGCCAUCUUGCGCGCCGAGGGCAACGAGGCAGUACCAGUGCACAUCAGCGUUCUCUCGGCGGACUCUCGCUUCUUCAGACAGCAGCGGGUGCUGCUUCGGAGCCAGAAGCUUUCCGUCUUCGGCCUGAGCGGCGGGCCCGAUGCCGUGAAGGCUCCGCUUCUGCGUGAUUAUGCUCGGCUGGUGUACCAGUUUGCGUUCUCCGGCUCUGUCGGUGGAGGCUGCGAGAGGACAAGCGGUAGUAUGAGCAGUGGUAGUGGCAGUGACACGUGCCCGGGAAGCAGCGGAAGUGGAAACGAUGAGGGACAGCAACUGCAGCACAUGGCUCUGGACUGGCUAUGGCAUCAGGCCGACGACGAAAAUGAGAGCGACAAGAACGACGACAAAAACACCAAUAUCACCAACACACUUCCUUACCUCUCCCUCGACCGCGCACUGGCGCUCUACCGGCUCUGCGCUCGGUUCGAGCACGUCGACCUGCCCGACAUCCUCGCAGCGGAGAUCGAGCGCCGGCUGCGGACGAUCUCCGCUCCGCUCACGACACCACGCGACACGGGAGACGCGCUGGACGCGUCCGACAGAGCCAUCGUGACGUGUCUGCAGCGGUACUUUGACGAUUGCUCUGGUCAUGAGGACGAAGACAGGCUCGCGGACGCCGUGGUGGAUGCCUUUUGUCGUAUCACGCCCGGCAAAUAUCUUGAUCUGAUGGGGGAGGGCGAGCUGGGAGCUGGGUUUCUGCGUGCCAUCUCGAUGGGGCUUGCUAGACGCAUCGAGCUGCUUGAGGGUGAGGAUUGA